AUGAGUUACAGGACCGUGGUGAUGUACAUGGAGAUCGGCUGCUUUGUUGUCUGUGUUGCUGGAUGGAUCCUGGUGUGUUCCACCAUGCCCACUGAGAUCUGGACAUGGUCUGAGGUGGGCAGCAUAGUCUUGACAACUUCAAACUACUUCUCCAACCUGUGGAAGGAUUGCAUAUCUGACUCAACUGGAGUAUCUGAUUGCAAGGGAAUCCCAUCAAUGCUUGCACUGAACUGGGACAUUCACAUGUGCCGGGCUCUCAUCAUCAUCUCUAUCAUCCUGUCUUUCUUUGGAUCAAUUCUGGUUUUAGUGGGAAUGAAGUGUACUAAGCUUGGGGGGUCAGAGAUUGCUAAUGCAAGAGUAACCUUUGCUGGGGGGAUGAACUACCUUAUCGGAGGGAUGUGUGCUAUGGUUUCUUUCUCCUAUUUUGGAAACAGAAUUAGAUCAGAAUUUGACGACCCAAACUACAAAGAACAGAAGUUUGAAUUGGGUGUUGGCCUCUUUGUUGGCUGGGGAGGAUCCACCUUGCUUGUUGUUGGAGGCCUUAUUUUCAGUAUCUUUGCAGGGAGGGAAGGGUGCCAGUCAAGCUCAAAAAGAUUUCCUGACUACCAGUACCCUGAUGCCUACAAAGUUGUUCCGAUACAAAAGAGCAUUGUGUCUUCAGUUCGUACAGAGAGUACCGACAGCAGAAAAUCAAGGACAACCAGUGGCAGCAGAGCCAGUAGCAUCUCUGGGAUCACCGCUACCACCAAGACCUCAGCUACAAAUGCAUAUGUGUGACCUCUUUUCAAAGAUGGAAAAAGUGUUUCUGUCCUUGGCUAAUAUUUUGUGAUAUAUUCAAUUGAAAACUGUAUAAAGACUGAUUAUUGGGAUGAUAACGAUACAUUCUUGUUAUUGUAAGCAUACAUACAUUGAAUUCUGAAUUGAAUGCAUUCUGUUUUUAUUUAUGUUUUACACAGAGUCCCAAUUUUUUUUAGAAAUGCGAUUGUAAAACCAUUG